UUAAAAGUUUGACAGAAAUAGCAUGCACAAAGAUCUUAUCACUAGUUUAAAUAGUAUGAGCUUUACCAGAAAGGCCCGUUCUCGCUCUCAAAAGUGAAUGACAUUCGUCUCGAAGACCAAACGUACGUCAUGAGUGCGGACAAUAGAAUGAAAGGUGUAAAUCUGCGAUACAAAAGAAGUUGCGAAUACGCAUGUGCGACUUCCGCGCAAGAAAUUCUCUUUAUAUAUAUAUUUUCUUAAAUAACACCAAUUUUCCUAAAUAACACCCUGAAAUUACUCCGCUAUCAAAUAUCGAUCGCAUGAUUAGGGACUUUAUUGCGAGAAACAUUGUUAAACUCUGUAUAUUCUACUUUUGCCGCGUUCUAUAGUUGUAUCGGCGCUUUGUGAAUUACACGAAAUUAUAUGCAAUUUGUGUCAAAAUUUACACAAGAAGAGAAAAAGAAUAAAAUACCUGGUCGAUCAAUGGAUAAAGAAAGGGAUGUGUAUACUUGCGUUACUUCACUACCAUAUACGUUUUAGACGUCGCAAGAAAAUGAUUCGUCUCGAGACUCAGUAUUUUAAUCUGAAUAGGAUUCUUCUGCUCGCUAUUGGCCUAUGGCCUUAUAAGCAAUCGAACCUAACUCGACUUCAAUUUAUUUUCUUGUCUACUAUUUUAAUGACAAGUCUUAUCUUUCAGUGUACACCAUUUAUUUCACAAAAAUGUACCCCGGAUUUUGUCGUCCAAGUUUUAUCUUCCGCAUCUAGCUUUGCUGUCAUUGUGAUAAAAUAUAACAUGUUCUGUGUCAAUAUCGAAGUUAUGAAAGAUUUACUGGAGCAGCUACAGCAUAUAUAUAAUGAGUUAAAAGACAAAAAUGAAUAUGCUAUCAUAAACGAAUAUGGAUGCAAUGCCAGACGUUGUACCGCUGCAUUUACGAUAUGUGCUAUUUGUUGCGUAUUUGCUGUUAUUGUCGCUCAGUUCUGGUCGAGAAUUUUCGAUAUUACAUUACCAAUGAACGUAUCUCGAUCGUAUAGCUUACCGAUUACAAUGGAAUAUUUCGUCGAUCAAGAAAAAUAUUUCUAUUGGAUUCUGCUACAUUUAUAUAUAUCGUUCUGCAUCGGGGUAACUGCAAUGGUGGGAAUAGGAACAACGCUUAUUGCGUAUCUUCAACAUAUGUGUGGUAUGGUUAGAAUUUCCAGUUAUCGUAUUAAACGCGCCGUGGAUAUUAAUACAUUAAAAAAUAAUAAUCUUGAGAAUGAGAUUUUAAUAUUGCAAGGAAUAAUUAGUGCUGUAGAUAUUCAUCGGAAAGCUAUAAAAUUGUUCCAGCUUUUGGCAUUCAAAAUUGAGAAAAUGUUGUUCUGUUUAAUAGUAGUCGGAGUAGUCUCUGUGAGUCUUAAUCUCUUUCAAAUUUUUCAGAUUGCAUUAUCAUAUGGAGAUGAUAUCAAGGAUAUUUUAUUUCCUUUUUUAAGCGUAACACUUAGUAUUUUGUACAUGUUUGUAGCCAAUUAUGUUGCGCAGGAUGUAACAGACCACAAUAAUGACUUUUUUGCUACUGUGUAUGACGUUCAGUGGCAUGAAACUCCGUUACAUAUACAGAAACUGAUAUUAUUUCUGCUUCAAAAAGGAACCAAAAAAUUUACUAUAAGUGUCGGUGGACUAUUUGUCGGAUCAUUGGAAUGUUUUGCCACGUUGGUGAAAACUUCGAUUUCUUACUUUACUGUCAUAUAUUCAACGCAUUAA